AUGAACAAGAUCCGGCAAAUAAACCAGAUAAACCAGAAAGAGCUUGCGUCAAAGUCGACAACCUACAAAUCAUCAUGGCAUUAUGAUUAUCGAGAUACCAACUAUGUCUAUAUUGGUAACAUACCAUAUAGUAUUACUCGCAAUGACUUGUUGGUGAUGUUUAGUCAAUACGGUAUUCCAACACAUAUCAACUUACCACUUGAUACGCGUACUGAUAAUUACAAUGAUGGCAACGAUGGUAAGGACGAAAAAAACAUUGCUCCGAAGCAUAGAGGAUUUGCAUUUCUCAAAUAUGCGAAUUUCAAAAGCUGCAUUUUGGCAAUUGACAACUUCAAUGGAGUAAAAGUAGGCGGCGCGAAUGUUGAUGAAGAUCGAGAUCGAAAUAGAUAUGGAGAUAGAGAUAGAGAUAGAGAUAGAGAUGCAAGAUAUUUGAUAGUAGAUCACACGUACUAUAAAUUACGGUACGGUGAACGUGAGGAUGACUAUUUAAUUGAUUACGACAAAGUGAAAAAAGAGAUGGGAUUUGUAUCAGAAAAAUCCAACCAAGAUUUUAGUAGGCUGAAGGGUAUGAUUGAAGGGAAAAAUCCAAAGCUUAUUGAGGGUAAUGAUUUUAAAGUGAGACAAGUCGAGGAUAAUAAUAAAGAAGAUACGAUACAAAAAGACCUUGGCGAUGAUAUGUUUGGCGACGAUGACGACAAAUAUGUUAACGAUGAUGAUGAAUUUACAGACCCAAUGAAGUCAUUCAUAAGUGAAAAGAAGGAUAAUAACAAGAUGCAGGCUCAUGAUCAUGAUGAUGAUGAUGAUGAUGAUGACGAGGAAUUUGCAGAUCCAAUGGAGCAGCUUAUCCGGGAAACAAGGAAACACGGUAGUGCUGGUGACCGCAAAAGAAGGAGAAGAAGUAGAAGCAAAGAGGAUGUCGAGAAGGAGAGAGAGAGGAGAGAAAAGAAGCACGGAUCCUCUCGACAUAAAGAAGAUUGUGCGAGAUCUCCAAGUAGGGAAAGAGGACGAUCGAAAAAUCCAAGAAAAGAUGGUCGAAAUAGAGCGGAAGAAGAAGAAGAAGAAGAGGAGGAGGAGGAGGAGAAGGAGAAGGAGAAGGAACAGAAAUUGCCUAGGUCUCGGGAUUCGCGAACACCGUCAAGAGAACCAAUAAACAGGAACAAUAAAAGAGCUAGGGUGGAGUUUAGAAAAGAGUCCAAAGAUGAGUCUAGAACGCCUUCUAGGGAGAGGACAAAUGUGAGAAUAUGA